UGCCAUCCAAACACAAAUAAACAGAGAAGGACAUUGGGAGUUGAUCAGUGCGAGAAGGCGUGGCGGAGGGCGGGCUGAACACGCCGAGAGCCCCGGACUCCUGAAAAGUGAUGGGACUUGUGCUCUUCAAGCCACUACAGCCCAACUCCGAACCGAGUAGAAACACAGCAGAGUACGGAGACUCCUGCGCCUGGCGUCACUUCAACUCUAUAUAGUGAUCGUAACUUUCUCCCCCCUCCCUCCCCUCCCCUCCUCCCGACGACUUCUUUGCAAGAAAAACGGGCGCAAAGUAUUAGGAGGAAUCGCAACAGAUCUGGUUCUGCGAGGGUCGUGGCGAUGAGAUUUACAUGGACGAAGUUGGAAAACUUUUGCUGACGUUAAAGUGGAGUUGGGACGCCUCUCUUGAAAGGCAUUGUGGAUUACUGAAACACAGCAGAACUAACUGCGGAGCGACCUUUGGCGUCUGUUUAUUAGGGGGACCUUCACCGUGGUAGAGUUGUGCCGAGGUCCUAACCGUGAAGUCUUUAGCCGCCGAGAUGGGGAGCAAAGCCCUACCCGCUCCGAUCCCUCUCCACCCGUCUCUCCAACUCACCAAUUACUCCUUCCUGCAAGCGGUCAACGCCUUCCCGGCCGCCGUCGACCAGCUCCAGGGACUGUACGGCCUUAGCGCGGUGCAGACCAUGCACAUGAACCACUGGACACUGGGUUAUCCGCACAUGCAGGGACUGAGGUCGACUAUCACUGAGAUGGCUGCUGCUCAGGGCUUAAUGGAUCCCCGGUUUACCUUCACGGGGCUACCGUUCUCCGCACACCUCUUUCACCCUAAACAGGGCCUUACUCACCUUAUCCCCGGGCUGCACAAGGACCGACCGCCGCGCUUUGACUUUGCCAACCUGGCGAUAGCUGCUACCCAGGAGGAUCCGCCUAAAGCUGGGGAUCUUUCAAAGUUGACAGCGGGUCUCGGCAACGCGAUAUCUGAGUUUAACAAACUGUCGCCUGAUAGAAAACCCACUCGGGGAAGACUUCCGUCAAAGACGAAAAAGGAAUUUAUUUGCAAGUUUUGUGGCAGGCAUUUCACCAAGUCAUACAAUCUUCUGAUCCACGAGAGGACCCACACAGACGAACGGCCUUAUACCUGUGAUAUCUGCCACAAGGCCUUCCGAAGACAAGACCACCUGAGAGACCACAGAUACAUCCACUCCAAGGAGAAGCCCUUCAAAUGUCAAGAAUGUGGGAAAGGAUUUUGUCAGUCUCGAACUUUAGCCGUUCAUAAAACAUUACAUAUGCAGGAAUCUCCUCACAAAUGCCCCACAUGCGGAAGAACCUUUAAUCAAAGAAGUAACCUGAAAACUCACCUUCUCACCCAUACAGACAUCAAGCCCUACAGCUGUGACCGCUGCGGAAAGGUGUUUCGGCGCAACUGUGACUUGCGACGGCACAGUUUGACGCACACUCCUCACCAGGACUACUAGCCAAUCUGAGAAGGCUGAUGAACAGCCGAACAAACCAAACAAAAAACAGGACAAAAAAAAAAACGGACGUUAAUAAUAACAGAGGAAACAACAAACAUCGACGAAACGUUUUUUUUUUUUUUCUUCUUCUUCCUUCCUGUCUUUCUUUCUUCUUCUUCCAUUGAAAGAAUAUCACAAACUGAACUGUGGACAAGCAAUAUUUACAAUGGAGUGAUGAACAGUACUGCGUCUCAAGUGAAAGUCAAGGAGCUCAGACAGACACAGACCGCUCUUCCUGCCUCUUCUACCUGUAAAUAUCAAGACUUUUGGAGCCCAUGUAAAUCAUAUAUUUUAUGUUGUUGUUGUUCAUGUCCUUGAAUUAAAAAGUUGUUUAAAAAAAAAAAAAAAAAAA